CCCGGCGCCCGCUCUCGCACGGACCCGCCAGCCCGCGCCGCCGCCGCCGCCGCCGCCGCCGCCGCCAAAUGGGUUCGCUCCGCGUGAUGCUGUCGUGCCUCUUCCCCCUCAACUGCUGGUUCGCGGCCGUGCGGGCGGCCAGGACGGAAGAGCUCCUCCUGUCUGGAAAGCUAAGUGAAUAUGGUGUGAUUGUGCCCUUCAGUGCAGAUUGCAAAGGACGGUUCCUCUCGCACGUGGUGUCUGGCUCAGUGGCAUCAGGGAGUGGUGAAGACUGCCAUCCCUCCACCCCGCGCUCAGCUCGGCACAGGGUGGCCCGCAGCACCCUGGAUGAGCCCCUGCACCAAGGUGGAGGUGAAAAUCGCUUGCUUUAUUUCAACGUCACUGUCUUUGGAAAGGAACUCCAUCUCCGUGUGAAGCCCAACCAUCGGCUGGUACCACCUGGGGCCUCAGCCGAAUGGCAAGAGGAUUUCCAAGUGCUGUUCCGAGAGCCCCUGCAACAGGAGUGUGUCUUUACAGGGGAUAUCUCAGCCAUGCCUGGUGGCUUGGUGGCCAUCAGCAACUGCGAUGGACUGGCUGGUCUGAUUCGAACGGACAGCAAUGAGUUUUUCAUUGAGCCCCUGGAGAAGGGGCAGCAGGAGAAGGAAGAGAAUGGACGAGCACAUGUGAUCUACCGCAGAUCUGCUAUCAAACAAGACAGAGCAGACUCACACAAGGACCUUCAUACUGAAGUUCCACACUUCAGUGUGGGUGAGCUCCCAAACUCACUGGACCUAAUUGAAGACCGGUUGGGUGAAGUGGAGCGGAAGAAACGCCAUGCCAAAAAAGAUGACUACAACAUUGAGGUCUUGCUGGCAGUGGAUGACUCAGUUGUGCGUUUCCAUGGGAAAGAACAUGUCCAGAAUUACGUCUUAACACUCAUGAACAUAGUGGAUGAAAUAUACCACGAUGAGUCCCUGGGUGUUCACAUUAACAUUGUUCUGGUCAGAAUGAUUAUGGUGGGAUACCGACAGUCUGUUAGCCUGAUUGAGCGAGGGAACCCUUCUCGGAGCCUGGAGCAGGUCUGCCGCUGGGCUCAUUCCCAGCAGCGCUCGGAUCCAGAGCAUGUCGAAUACCAUGACCAUGCAGUAUUCCUCACCAGGCAAGAUUUUGGUCCCGCAGGUAUGCAAGGUUAUGCUCCUGUCACAGGUAUGUGCCACCCUCUACGCAGCUGUACUCUCAACCAUGAGGAUGGAUUCUCCUCAGCAUUCGUGGUUGCCCAUGAGACUGGCCAUGUGUUAGGUAUGGAACAUGAUGGCCAGGGCAACCGAUGCGUAGAUGAGACCAGCAUGGGGAGCAUUAUGGCACCAUUAGUGCAGGCUGCAUUCCACCGCUACCACUGGUCCCGAUGUAGCAAGCAGGAAUUGAACCGAUACAUACAUUCCUACGACUGCCUCCUAGAUGAUCCCUUUGAGCACCAGUGGCCCAAGCUACCAGAGCUCCCAGGAAUCAAUUACUCGAUGGAUGAACAAUGCCGCUUUGACUUCGGUGUGGGUUACAAAACAUGCACAGCUUUCAGAACCUUUGACCCUUGCAAGCAGCUGUGGUGCAGCCAUCCAGACAACCCUUACUUCUGCAAAACCAAGAAAGGGCCCCCCCUGGAUGGGACCGAAUGUUCCUCAGGCAAGUGGUGUUUCAAGGGUCACUGCAUCUGGAAGACUUCAGAACAGCCUUACAGCCAGGAUGGCAGCUGGAGUUCCUGGUCCAAGUUUGGUUCCUGCUCUAGGACAUGUGGGGGUGGGGUCCGCUCCCGCAGCAGGAGCUGCAACAACCCACCACCAGCUUAUGGUGGGCGAAAUUGCCCCGGAUCUACUUAUGAGUACCAGAUCUGCAAUACUGAAGAGUGCCGUGGACCGUAUGAGGAUUUCCGUGCCCAACAGUGCUCCAAGCGCAACUCUUACUAUACCCAUCAGAACUCCAAGCACACCUGGCUUCCCUAUGAGCAUCACGAUGAUGCUCAGAAGUGUGAGCUGAUUUGUCAGUCUGAGGGAACAGGAGAUGUGGUAUUCAUGAACCAAGUUGUUCACGAUGGUACCAGAUGCAGCUACAGAGACCCCUACAGUGUGUGUGUCCGGGGAGAGUGUGUGCAUGUCGGGUGUGACAAAGAAAUUGGCUCUCUGAAGCAGGAUGACAAGUGUGGUGUUUGUGGGGGUGACAAUUCCCACUGUCGGACAGUGAAAGGGACUUUGGUUAAAACUCCUAAGGAGCCAGUGGGUGUUUUGAAAAUGUUUGAGAUUCCAGCUGGGGCCAGGCACAUUCAGAUAGAAGAGAUGGAGCCUGCAUCCCAUAACAUUGCUGUUAAGAACCAAGCCACUGGUAACUUCAUCCUAAAUGCCAAGGGAAAAGAAGCCAAAAGCAAAACCUUCCUUGAGAUGGGCUUGGAAUGGGAAUACACCAUAGAGAAUGGCAAAGAGACCUUGAAAAGUAGUGGGCCCCUACAUGAAGCCAUCAGUGUUCUGGUUAUCCCACAGGAAGAUGAAUCUAUGAGCAGCUUGAUGUAUAAAUACAUCAUCCAUGAGGACUUGCUGCCUAUGAUUGGAAACAAUAAUGUCCUUCUUGAAGAGAUGGACACAUAUGAGUGGGCUCUCAAGAGCUGGUCGCAGUGCUCCAAGGCUUGUGGAGGAGGUAUCCAGUACACCAAGUAUGGCUGUCGGAGGAAAAGUGAGAAUCGGAUGGUGCAUCGGAACUUUUGUGAUAAUGGCAAGAAGCCCAAGCCAAUCCGGAGGCGAUGUAACCUGCAGGAGUGCUCCCAGCCGAUCUGGUUGGCAGAAGAGUGGGGAGCCUGCAGCAAAUCCUGUGGCAAGCUGGGCAUUCAGAUGAGGGUUGUGCAGUGUGUCCAACACCUCCAGAAUGGCACGAACCGGACGGUACACACCAAGUAUUGCACAGGAGAGCGCCCUGACACACGCAGGCCUUGCAACCGCUUACCCUGUCCAGCACAGUGGAGGACUGGGGCCUGGUCCCAGUGCUCAGUAAGCUGUGGAGAAGGUAUCCAGCAGCGCCAGGUGGUAUGCAAAGCCAGUGACAACAGCAUUGGUCAGUGUGAGGGUGAGAAACCAGCAACCAUCCAAGUCUGCAAAAUGCCGGUAUGCCCAGGAAAGCUACUAAGUAUUACAGAGAAUGCUGACAACAGUGAUCAUGUGACUCCUAAAGUACAGUGGGUGCCACAGGAUGGGCCCAAAAAUCCCGUUAACAAGGUAUCUUCAAAGGAGCCUUGCCUUGGAGACAAGUCCAUAUUCUGCCAGAUGGAAGUUCUGGCUCGCUACUGCUCCAUCCCUGGCUACAACAAACUCUGCUGUGAGUCUUGUGGUAAGAAGGUUUCUGCCACCAGCUUGCCGCCCAGCACAGCCCAAGGUGCUUUAGAGACUGGAUUGCAGGACGACACCAUCCUUCCCAGCCCCAUUCCAGCGUUGCCUGUUCAUCCUACUGUCCAGAACCACGCACAGAGGAUAAAAGGCAGGGCUGCCAAAGAGACAGAUAAAUCCCAGGCUGCUUAUGCUUUGCUUCCCAGUAUGGAAGGUUCAGCUGCACAUGGAGCCACUUGGGUUAAUAUUGCCACCCAUCCUCGGGGCACUGCAGUCAGUGGUACUUCAUACGUGGACACCUCAAGAUUACUACCUCUUAGCCGGCAGGCUGCAGCAGGGCAGAGUUCUGGGGAGCUCUCAGGCAGCCUUGCUUUUCAUUGGUUCCCUACUGCCUUGAGCAAAACUUCUGCUGUUGUGCAGAGUGAAAGUGAGUCCUCUUUUCCUUCCCAGGGUGCAGUGCAGCAGAGAAGGGACACUACAGGGUCCAAGCAGCCAAGUGGCACUCUCAGGACCUCUUCCCCUGUUGUGACAUGAAAUGGUUUUCCCAGUGUCUCUCUCUCUGACAGUUUACAGGGGCAGAGCUGCCACGGUUCUGAGCUGCUUUCGGGAAUCAGUGAGAUACACAUUUGAAAAACAAACAGGCAAGCAAAAAAAAAAAAAAAACUACAGGAAAAAUGGCUUCAUUUUAUAAUUUUUUUUGGCUGUGGCACUUUUUAAUUCUUUAUUGACAAAAAAAAAAAAGAAGAUCAAAGGAAGAAAUGGCACCGGUUACUUUGUCAGCCACAAACAAUGGCUGAGCUCACACAGCUUAUGUAGCCCAGGGCUGGUUACUUCCAAGUGCAGCUUGAGUUAAAGGGGGCCAUUUCCUUCCAAGGUGCUACCAAGAGGCUUUUUCAAGCAAUAAAACAAAACACGCCAGAUAAGGAUCUUUACUCCUCAGCUCAGCUCUCACUCAUCGGCUGCUAUUCUCCAGGCAGCAAGGGCCACAGUGGACCCCAAAAUCCUUUGGGAAAUGGUGCUGCAAAUAUAUUUUUCUAUUCUUAACCUCAGUGAAAAGCAGAGUGGAAGGCCAUGUUGACUUGUACUCCCUACAUAUGAACUCGGGAGACCCCAUGCAAAAAGCAGGGCAGGGGGAUGGGCUAUCAUCUGUCUGAUCCAGCUGGGGAGAGGGGUGGGGGUGGUGCAUUGUGCAAGUGGUGGUGUGUUUGCUUUCCCUGGAGUGGGGGGGAGGGGAGUGUGUGGUCCUUGGGCUACUUAUAUUGCACUUACAACCUCCUUUCCAUCUGCAUAGGGUACCCUUUGGAGGCUGGUGGCCUGCAUGUGUGUCUGCAGGGCCUAUUUAGUGUGGCAAUAGCAAGGAAAGUCACCAGUAAGAACAGACAGAAUGGGGAGAGUGUUGGGUUGGGUGGGGAUGUUAUUUGCAGAGCGAAUCGGGAUUAACUAAGUAUGAGACACACAUUUUAUGUUUCUAAAGGAACUGUGUAGCCCAUGUGUAGAACAGUUUGAUUAGAGACAUUUGGCUCUUCCUUCACAGCACACUUUACUCUUCAUUUGAAUUUUGACUGGGGGUGAGAGUUUGCCUUCUACAUCUGUUCAGUAAGGUGCUGGUCCCAGUCAAUUUUGGGAAAAGUGCAGUGGUGACCCAGGUGUGCAUGAAACACCUAAGAUUUACUUGGAUAGGGAGAAGAUCAGGGACUCUCCUAACAACAGGGAUGGGAGCAAGAAUGAGUGAAUGUCGAGCAUCAGGUAGUUAACACAGGUAUCAUUAAAGCUGCCCAAGUACUGCCUCAGGCCCCGUCCAUAGCUUUAAAAAUCUGAAAGGAAGCUGAAAAUAGCAAUUAUAGGCAAGCUCCAAUCGCUUUCUUGUUGGGUAGUCAGGGAAAGGAUCCAGUGGCUCCAAGCUCUUGAAAUGGUCAUUCAAUUAUAUGGCACUCAGUGUCCCAUACCAUGAGAGUGUCCUCAGGCAGUGGCCAUGUUCUUGGUUCUCACAGUCUAUAUAUGCUCUUGUUUUUCCUCUUCUCUUAUGUGGGGGGUCUGAGCUACUGAAGAGGAAUGGGUCUGACACCUCUGGUAGCUGCUAAUUUCUUCUAUUGUAGGGAGCUGUCUCUGGCACAAGAGGUCCCUGAGAAUUGCUUCCUGCCAGGAAAUGGAAUAAAUGAGGUGUCUUUCUUGCAUCCUGA